UGCGUGUGUGUGUGUGUGUGUGUGUGUGUGUGUAGCCAUGAAGGCGGACCGUAAGCGUUUGAAGGUGGAGAAGUCGGACCUGGUGAACCAGAUGCAGCAGCUGUACUCCACCCUGGAGAGCAGAGAGGAGCAGCUACGAGACUUCAUCAGGAACUACGAGCAGCACAGGAAGGAGAGCGAGGACGCGGUGAAGACUCUGGCGAAGGAGAAGGAUCAGCUGGAGAGGGAGAAGUGGGACCUGCGGCGGCAGGCCAAGGAGGCCACGGAACACGCCGGAAUCCUGCGCUCGCAACUGGACCUGAGGGAGAACCGGAAUAAAGAGCUGGAGGCUGAGCUCACCAUGAUGGGUAGCGUUAUGGCCCAGCGUGUCGAGAGCAGAGCGUUGAGUCGCUCGGUGGAGAGGCAGGCCUCGCCCAGGGCCUUGUCGGCAAAGCAGUCUCUUGCCACUCUCACAAAGGAUGUUCCCAAGCGCCACUCUCUCGCCAUGCCAACGGAAGCGGUCAUCAACGGCAACCAGGAGUGGGUGAUGCACGCCGAUUUGCCACUGACCGCCGCCAUCCGACAGAGCCAGCAGACACUCUACCACGCACACACACACACCGUAGACCGACCAGUGCUGAAGGCCGCUCCUCCGAUGUGUAUGUGUGAGGGGGACGGUGUGUUGAUCCCAGCUUCAGCAGCCGUGCGCGUGAGCCCCUGUCACUCGCGGCAACCAUCCGUCCUCUCUGACGCCUCGGCCAUGGACGGAGACCGAUCCUCUACGCCUAGUGACAUCAACUCCCCUCGCCACCGCACACACUCCCUCUGCAACUCCCUAGAGGACCUGGAUGACCAGAGGCGUAAGAAGAAGAAGGAGAAGAUGGGUCUGGGCUCUCUGUCGCGGGUCUUCGCUCGGGGGAAGCAGCGCAAGAGUAUGGAGCCGGGACUCUUCGAUGACUCAGACAGUCUGUCCAGCCCCACCCGCUUGAGUCUCAGCCUAUCAGACGGAGAGGAGCCGCAGCUGGACCGCCUCCAGCAGGCGGACCUGGCCAAGACCACGCCCAUGUCCCAGUGGAGGGCGGGCACAGUGCAGGCAUGGCUGGAGGUCGUCAUGGCGAUGCCCAUGUACCAGCGUGCCUGCUCUGAGAACGUCAAGAGUGGCAAGGUGCUGUUAAGCCUGACUGAUGAGGAUCUGGAGUUGGGUUUAGGGGUCAGUAGCUCAAUGCACCGCAGGAAACUACGACUCGCCAUAGAGGACUACAGAGAGGCAGAGACAGGACGAGGUCUGUCGCGGGCGUCGGAGCUGGACCACCACUGGGUGGCGAAGGCGUGGCUGUGUGACGUGGGGCUGCCCCAGUACUCUCAGGCCUUCCACACACACCUGGUGGACGGACGCAUGCUGUGUUCACUCGCACGCAGGGACCUGGAGAAGCACCUCAACGUCUCCAAGAAGACCCACCAGCUCAGCUUACUCAUGGGGAUAGACCUGCUGCACGCACUGGGCUUCAACAAGGAGACCCUGCAGGUCCGAAGAGCCCAGUGUGAGCAUCAGAACCAGGACCCUCUGGUCUGGACGUGUCCACGGGUCAUGAAGUGGAUCAGAGACAUCGACCUGAAGGAGUACGCAGACAGUCUGGUGAACAGUGGGAUUCAUGGGGCCGUCAUGGUUCUGGACCCCUCCUUCAGCGUUGACACCAUGGCAACCGUACUGGGUAUCCCAGGCAACAAGCAAAUGGUUCGACGCCACCUUAGUGAGGAAAUGAAGGCCCUACUUGGACCAGUUAGGUCCGCUCUUCAGCAUGAUUUUGAGCGUUUGGGAACACCCCCUUCAUCUCGUCAGAGCUCAUUGGCUCGUUCGCACGCGUCUGCGACACGCUAUCCUGAUGAUGACCUGUCUCUUAGGAGACGAGCUGUCAAGCCUCCUCUAGGUUUCAGUCCAAAAGCUCUCAGUGGGCGGGAUUUGAGUUACCAUGGCAGCUGUGCCUCCCUGCCCAGAGACGGACAGGAUGUGGCUCCGCCCCGGAACAAAGGAAGUCCGGCCCACAGCCACUCGGGCAUAGAGGUCACCAAUGUCUGAGAAUCUCAUCAAGUUCACAAAUGCACACACCACACACACACACACACACACACUCUUACUGACAGGACACACACACACACACUCUUACUGAUGGACACACACACACACUGUGAAUCACACAUCACACACUAAUUCUGAGUUUACACAUGCCUGCUCUAUAAGUGGACACCCUUCCAAGAACCGGAGAUUCCAGUCUGUUUGUUUUAUCUUUUU